GAGGGGACAUAUUUACUUGUGGAAUAAAAAACGAUUUACACAGUCUGUCAUAAACAAUAGUCUGAUUAGUGAAACCCGACUUUUUACAGAAAUUACACAACAAUAACCCUUUAACACAGAACAGCGUUUGUGUCACAGAUUAUAUACUAACACAGAAUAUUUAUAUAGAAUAAGAAGAAAUAUGAGACGUCCUUUGAAAUUACAAGAACAGAUAUGGUUUACCAUUGACGAUCGUCCAGUGCCGCUACCAAGUGAUGUAGAUUUUACGGAUUAUUUAUGGAUGGCUGAAGAAUUAGAAGAAUUUGAUAGACAGGUAGAAGAAGAAUUUUGGGAAGAGUUAUUUUUAGAAGCCUGUUUUGAUGAAAUGUUAGCAGAAGAGGAAGCCCAAUGGCAAUAUUUUAAUUCUCCACAGAUCUCAAAUAGUAAACUAAAUCCAGAAGCACCUGUAUUUGUUCCAAAGUUUGGUGUGUAGCAUGAUUAGUGACUAGUCCGAUACUAAAGUGCUAAGCCAGAUUGUCUUUCAAAUAACAUUAUAAAAUACUCCUGCCAUUCCUUUGUGGUCAGUAUUCACUCACCAAAUUCAUCAUCAUUUGUUUAUUUUCCAUUAUAUUUUAUACUAUUUUGUUGAUAUUGUAUGAGUAUGAAAAUGAUUGCAUGUUAAGUGUGAGAGUCUAAAGGUGCAUUGCAUUGUCACAGAGUAUGCUAAGCAUACAUACAUGAUACAUGUCAUUUUCAUUUUACCAUGGAAGUCUGCUAGAAAAUUAAAAUGAGUGCUAAUAAUUUGUAACAUUUAAAUUAUUUAAAAGAUGUAAUCUUGUCAAUAACAUAAUCAUGCAAAAAUUGUAAAAGAAUAAAACUGAAUUAUUGAAAGAGUAAAUAUGGAACAUUUAAUGCAUUAAUUCUAGAAUUUAACGAAUGGUUAUACAAUUGAUCAAGACUUAAUCUUUGGUUAAAAAUGUUUUAUGCACUCAUUUUAAUUGCUGAAAAUGCACAAAACUACAUACGCACAUCAUUAAGUAAAAAUGUAUGAUGUUUGUCUUCCAAUCGUUCUGAUGUGUUUAUUUAUUGUAUAGAUAAAUACUAUUUCCACAACCUCAAUUAACAGUACAGUUAGAGUAAAACUUAUUAGGUGAUUUCUUGAAGCUUUUAAAAGAGACAAAAACACCAUUGUUUGAUAAAAUUUUGUACCAAUUUGUAUCUUAAAAUAUUGAUGCUAAUGCACCAAGUAAAUAAAACUGUUAUAAGAUUAAAUAUAUUCGACUCAUUUUAUUUGAUAGAAAUACUGGAUUUUACAUCAUCAGUCUAAUGUUGAUAGUUAAUAUUUUGAAAAUUGUUCUAUUUGUGGUUAAAUAUAGUUUUACAUAAAAUUAUUUGGUAAUACUUGAAAUAUUUAAAAUUUACCAAUUCAAUUACACAUGUAAAAGUUCCCCUACUUAAAGAAUAAUUUCAGUGACAGCAUUUUUUCAUCUAACUGUACUGUAAUAUUGUUUUCAUUAUUUUUGUUUAAAGCUUCCUUCAUGUUUUUGUUUACUUGAACCAACAUACCAAUGGCAGGUGUUGAAAAAAAUGAUAAAAAAUAUUGAAAUAAUAUAUAAAAAUAACGAUAGCUUGUCUUUAUAUAAAUUUUAUAUGUAUUCUGCACAUACAGAUUUACUUGAAUGUAGAUAUGUUUUGUUAGAAUGAUAUGUUGGACAUCCAGAUUAAAUUAAAAUUAAAAAGAAUUUAAAGUUGAUACUUGAAUAAAGUUUUUAUUUAUGUAUAUGUAUAUAUUGUCUUUAAUGAGAUAUGUACAUUGCAUAUUAAUAUACUGAUCUCAAAUGUGACGAUAUCUUUAAAAGAUAAUUAUAAAUAGUAAAUUAAGAAAAAUAACUAUAACUUAAAUAUCUGGAUAUCCAGCAUAAGCUUGGGAAAGGAUACAAUGGUUCCAAAAGUAGUACACACAGUGGGAAAACCCCAAUUUUUCUUGAAGAAUAUACAUUUUUGGACAGUCUGACUUUGGAGGACAUUUGAGUUCCUAUUAAUAUGACAGGUGGAAGCAACUACUUUUGUUAUUUAAUUUUCUUAUAAAACAAAGGUUUCUCUUGUUUUUAAAAUUACAUUUUCCAAACAGUAUAUAUUCUGAAUAAUGUUUGACUCAACUUCAAAAUCUGCUUGUUACAUAACUUUUUGGGAUCAUUGUAUUUUUUAUGUGUGUAUUUUUAAAGGUUAAAUUUGUAUUUAAAACCUCUCUAAACAGGUUUACAUUCGACACUUGUAUAUGGUAGGUUUCUGCCUAUAUUAUCUAAAAUUUGUCCCAUUUUGUAGGACUGUAUUUGAUUAAAUACACUUAUACCAUGUUUAGAGGGGUUAGGUUUUAUAAAGAAGGAAACUUAUAAAAAAAAAAAAAGAUUUUGUAAAAUACUUUAAAAAAUGAUAAUUUAUUAAUGAAAAAAAAAGCAGUUUUCCUUUUCCUUUUUAACUUUAAGAGGUAACAUUGGCAGGUGCAAAUUUAAAAAGAUUAGGCAAAGAUAAGUUUUGUAAAAGGUUCCGAAAUGAAAAAAAGCUUUGGGUAGAAACAAAGCAAAAUGUCUCUUUUAAAAUAUUUAGUUUGCUACACUGAUGAAAAUAGGAUGAAUGUUAUUCCAGCGAGAAUGUUCACUUAAAAUUGUUUGAAACACAUCUAAGACUUUUUUUCAGAGAUGAAAUUUGCACCUCUCAAGUUUUCUCAUAAAAUCUAUGUUAGGACUAUAUACUUGUAUUGAAAUAUAUUCAGGCUUUUAUUCAUUCUUAUUGUAGAUAACUUAAUGAAAUUUGUUAAUAAUGUUCUUUUGGUAGACUACCUGUUUUAACCUAGGUUUUGUUAAAAAUAAUAUUUUUUGCUAUACACAUGAUAAAAUGGGUCAACUAAAAAACAAAGAUAUAUGGAUUGUUGCUGGAAUUUAUGUCCAGAUCAGUACCUUCUAGCUAAAAUUAAAAUAAGAAUUAUGUUAAUAAUUUUGAUUAAAUUAUCAAUAUUUAGAACAUAGUUCUGUUAGAUGUUUUUUACUCUUCUUGCAUAUAAUGUAUUGAAAAAUAGUUAUUUCAUUUUCUUCAAGCUAUUGAGAGGAAAGAAUUUAAUUGGAUAGUAGAUUAUUUUAUGCACUAUGUAUAAGCAGCCAAAAGGCCAGUUUUAUUUUGAUGUAAUUAUGAGGUCUGUACAUUAUAAAUGUAUGACCUCUGGAACAAAUCAUUUAUCAUUAAUCAUGAUUAAAGCUCAGAUUAUCCCCCUUUGAUAUUUUUAACUCACUUUUGGACAAAGCAUAAUGCCAUUGAUUUAUUCUUAAAUUUAUCUAAAUUAUUAAAAUAUAUGCUAGUUGAACAAUAAUUUAUUUGAAAUUUAUGAUAAAGGGUCUAGCACAUGUCCUUAGAAUCUAUUGGGCUCAUGUUAUUUGUAUUCCACUGUCAUGACUGUAUAAGAAAUGAUAAGGUUUGUCAAAAUGUUUACUUUUUGUGGUCAAAUUAUUGUGCAAGAUUUGAAAGACCCUUAAUGUUUAAAUUAGUUAAAAAGGAUUGUUUUUAAGCAGUAAUUACAGUGUAACUGGAAGUACUCACAAAUACUGUCCUUCAAAAUAAUACCAUUAAAGUGCUAAUUUUGAAGAGGAAAAUUUAAAUACAUUGAACAAUCUAUUUUAAAAGGGGAGAUAAUCUGAGACUUGAAAAUCAUUCAUAGCCAUAAUAAUCAAGGAUAGCCAAAACUUGAUUUAGUGCAAUGAAUGUUGAUGCAUUUAUUAUAUGUUUACAAUUGACAACAAUCUUUAUGUUUGUUGAUAUGUGCUUUAAUAUACAUUUGUACCUGUUAUUAAACUUGUUAAAAAUGA